AUGCCCCACAAAUGUUACCACAGCAAAAUCCGACGAGUCUCCAUUGUGACCCAGCAUGCUGUUGGCAUUGUUGUGAACAAGCAAGUCAAGGGCAAGAAUCUUGCCAAGAGAAUUAAUGUGCGCAUUGAGCAAAUUCAGCACUUUAAGAGCAGAGAUCGCUUCCUGAAGCAAUGGGAAGAGGUCUCUGUGGGUGCAGACAAUGGACUGUCUUCUGUUUUGCAGGUGAUUCGAACGACAGGUUUCAUGAAGGGUCUCUACACAGACGCUGAGCUGAAGUCUGACAAUGUUAAGGAUAAAGAUGCGAAGAUCGGCUUCCUCCAGAAGGCCAUAGAUGUGGUCGUGAUGGUUUCGGGAGAGCCGCUGUCCGCAAAGCCUGCGCGCAUCGUGGCCGGGCACGAGCCCGAGCGGACCAACGAGCUGCUGCAGAUGAUUGGGCGGUGCUGCAUCAGCAAGCUCCCCAGUGAGGAUGCCGUGAGGAGAGUUCUGGCUGGAGAGAAGGGCAACGUGAAAGGAAGGAUGUCCAAACCCCAAGAACCGGAUAACCGGAAUGCCCGAGAAGAGGAUCCCAGGAUUCAUAAGAACAAAGAGGAUAGAAAAAACUCCGAAAUCAAAGAACGAAGUCCAGGCAGAGAUCACAAACAGAAAGAAGAGACGAAAGAAGGAAGCAAGCCCCGAGAAAAGGAGAGGGACAAGGAGAAGGAGGAAUCCAAGGAGAAUGACAGAGACAGACACAAAGAUCCCGAGAGAGACAAGUCCCGGGAAGCAGACAGAGAGAAGAGUAAGAACAGGGCCAAGCAGGACCGAGACCGAGACAGAGAUCGGGCCAACAAGGACCGGGACAGGGAAGCCGAGCGUGAGAAGGACAGGGAGCGCUUGAAAGAGCGUGACCGCGACAAGGACAGGGACCGAGACCGAGACAAACGCCGAGUGAAGAACGGGGACCACUCCAGCAGGGACCCCGACAGGGACAAGGGCAGAGAGCAUGUGAAAUCAGAGAAAAAGUCUGCAGGCCCAGGAGACGUCUCUAAAAAGUCGUUGGACGGAUCUUUCAAAGACGCCGAGGCUGAGCGAGAGACGGAGACUUCCACGAACGCAUCCAGGUCCCUGACAACAAAAACGUUGAAACGGCGACCCAGAAAUCCCGGGGAAGGAAGAAAGGAAGAUAAUAUUUCAGCUAAAAUUUUAGACCCCAUAGUGUCUGCGCUAAGUAAUGAACCAGAGCCGGAAACCACAGCUUCAGAAACUGGGUCAAGAGAAGCUCCUAGUCAGUCAGCUAGCGUCGCAGAUAGUAGUUCAGCCACUCUGUGGUGUGAGAACGUCAAGGCCCAGCCCGCAGCGAAGCCGAAAGGGGACUCUGCCAGUGAUGCAGAAAGAGAUGUAGGACCCGCUGUCCAGGAGAAGUCCGAGGCAGUAGAGAAUUCAGAAGUCCCGAAUGAGCUGUCAUCCAACCUCAGGAGGAUACCUCGGCCUGGGAGCGCCAGACCAGCUCCUCCCCGUGUCAAACGACCGGAAAGCGCGGAGGUGUUACCUGUUGACAGGGCAGGGAGUGGUAAGGCCGUGUCCAGCGUGAUCAUAGACUCGCAGAACAAUGACGAAGAGGACGAGCAGUUCAUGGUGGAAGCUGAGCCCCAGCUCGCGGACAUGUCCGAGAUGGAAGUGGUUCCGGCUGUGGAACUCGAAGAGGAUGAGAACCACGGUGGACUGGUGAAAAAGAUCUUAGAGACCAAGAAAGACUAUGAGAAGCUGCAGCCCUCGUCCAGGCCUGGCGAGAAGGAGAAACCGCUGGUCUAUGAGUCGGCCUGGAAGAAGGAGAAGGACAUUGUCUCCAAGGAGAUGGAAAAGCUCCGCACAUCCAUCCAGGCACUGUGCAAGAGCGCGCUGCCCCUGGGUAAGAUCAUGGACUACAUCCAGGAGGACAUGGACGCCAUGCACAAUGAACUGCAGCUGUGGCACAGUGAGAGUCGGCAGCAUGCUGAGGCCCUACACGCCGAGCAGAGCAUCACGGACGGCACGGUGGAGCCCCUGAAGGCUGAGUUGGUGGAGCUAGAGCAGCUGAUUAAGGAGCAGCAGGACAAGAUCUGUGCCGUGAAGGCCAACAUCCUGAAGAAUGAGGAGAAGAUCCAGAGGAUGGUGCACAGCAUCAACUUGAGCUCCCGACGGUGA